AUGAACAAGUUUUGGAAGGUACUAGGGGUCACUGUGGGGGCCCUCGUGGUGAUAGGGGUGGUAGUGGGGUCCAUCACGUGGGCGGUCCUGGCGAGCAGGAGUCCACCGCCACCGGAGAUCCAAGAUCUCGAUUGGUGGGAGCACACCAUCAUUUACCAGAUCUACCCAAGGUCGUUCAAGGACAGCGAUGGUGAUGGCAUCGGAGAUUUAAAAGGUAUCACGAGCAAGUUGGACCACUUUGUUGAGACCGGCGUCGGCGCGAUAUGGAUGUCGCCCAUAUUCGUGUCGCCCAUGGUGGACUUCGGAUACGACAUCAGUGACUUCUACAACAUUCAGCCGGAAUAUGGAACGAUGGCGGACUUUGAGGAGCUGGUCGUGAAGGCACACCAACUUGGCAUAAAAGUUCUUCUAGAUUUUGUACCGAACCACGCCAGUACAGACUCUGAAUACUUUAAGCUCUCCGAGGCCAGAGCUCCUGGCUACGAAGACUAUUUCGUUUGGGCCGACCCCCGACCUGAUCCCACGAACGCUUCUAACCGACUGGUCCCAUCUAACUGGAUCAGUCAAUUUGGCGGUAGCGUCUGGGAAUGGAGUGAACUCCGCCAACAGUACUACCUCCAUCAAUUCGCGAUAGAGCAAGCCGACUUCAACUUCAGAGAAGCAGCCGUCAAGAAGGAAAUGCUGGACAUCAUGACAUUCUGGAUGGAGAAGGGCGCUGAUGGAUACAGACUUGACGCCAUCCCUCACCUCUUCGAAACUGCUCCUGAUGCUGAUGGAAUAUACCCUGAUGAGCCACUGAGUGGAUCCUCAAGCCCCGGUCAACCCGGGUACACAACACAGAUACAUGUGCGGGAUCUAAUUGAACUCUACGACGUCGUUUACGAAUGGAGAGAUUUGUCCGACGAAUUCAAGGAGAAGCAUGGAGGUGACACUAAGAUAAUGCUAGCUGAGGCAUACGCCAACAUCACGAUGACGAUGUUGUACUACGGCAACGAGCGGGACCGCAUAGGUGCGCACUUCCCCUUCAACUUCGACUUCAUCACGAACCUGUGGGCCGGCUCUACCGCCCGGGACUUCGCCUACACCAUCCAGAGGUGGAUGACUUACAUACCGCAUGGGAAGGUUGCCAACUGGGUGUUCGGCAACCACGACCAAAAGCGAAUGCCAUCCAGGUUCCGUGACAACAUGGUCGACGGUCUCAACUCUCUAAACUUAAUGCUUCCUGGAGUCUCAGUCACCUACCAAGGCGAGGAGAUUGGAAUGCAAGACGGCUUCGUCAGCUGGGAAGACACGGUGGACGUAAACGCUUGCAACCGGGGAAAUGAGAGCAACUACCUGGAGUUCUCCAGGGAUCCCGCCAGGACGCCGUAUCAUUGGGACGAUUCUGUCAGCGCUGGGUUCUCUACUAAUGCGACAACGUGGCUGCCGGUGUCAGAAGAUUAUACUACAAUCAAUCUGCAGGCUCAAAAGGAGGCUGCUAGAAGUCACUAUAAGGUCUACCAAUCCAUGACGGCUCUCCGUCGCUCAGAGACCACCCUAUCCCACGGUCAGCACCACGUGCAGGCUUUAACCCAGGACACCCUCGCGCUGGUUCGCUACCUGGCCACCUACGACACCUUCGUACUGCUGUUCAACGUCGGCACUGCUGUUGAUACUGCCGACCUGACCGCAAUUGACUUGCUAAGCGGCCCCCUGACGGUGUGCGAGCGGAGUGUUCACUCGAGUAGAGCCAGCGGAGACACGAUAGAGCUUGGAGAAGUGACUCUACAGCCAGGAGAAGCAUUGGUUCUUCGGGGUCCGCCUGUGUAAACAAGAACGUACCUACUGGACUUUAUGUAUAAUACUCGUAUCUAUUACCUCGCAGUCCUUUGACUCUAUAUUUCACUUCGCUAUGAGUUAGAUUGCCAGAAUUCCUACUCAAAGUAUUACAAUUCAAUAUUAAAUAUUACCUUCAAAUUGCUAGUGGCUGAUGUUUGUAGGUUUUUUGAGUCGCGGUACCUACUGUUUUGUAAGUGAAGCUAGAUGUAAUGAUAAUAUUUAUAAAUUAUAUUAAUA